AUGUAUCCAGAGUUGCAAAAAAUGCAAAACAGUUUUUGUUCACUGAGUAGAAUGAAGCUCUCUGAUUUACCAUUUGAGAUAAUUGCAAGGACUCUCCCUAUUGAUGAGCACCUACUUGACCUACCCGAUACCGUUCUUUUCCCCUGGCUCAAUUUGCUACCGCAGAGACAAUGUUUGAAGAUGUUGGCUGAGAAAGGGGUAGGCUUAGGUUUGGCACAAAAAAUAUCCAACGGGAAAAGGACAUUCAAGAUUGUAAGUGUCCCUGAACUGACUCGACUUGUUGAUACCGGCAAUUUUUCCAAUGGCUGGGAAUAUAGCCGAGAGAUAAAUGUAAAGUUUUACUUUAAAAUUUACGUCGAUUUUGGUCAUCCAUUUAAUCACACCCCCGGGCAUCAAGAGAGACGAGAGGGAGAGCAUGUCGUCUUCAACUUUGACUUGGUUCAAGAUCUUUUGUUCAGGUAUGUGGGGUUCGCCAAUGCUGUAUGGGUGUGGACAGGCACAAAGGAGUAUCAUUUAUUUUUGGCCAUGCCUUCCUUGAUGUGGAAAGUGUGUGAUUUGACUUUCCAGCAAGUUUCCUUCUCACACCCUUCUUCGUUUAUUGACCUAAACGUUGCUUCUGCACUUCAAAGGUUUUCCAACAAAUUUGUUCCUACUAUGCUCCAAUGCUGGGCUCCGCCAACAGGUCAGCAAAAGUUGUGUGCAUUGAUCCGUUCAUUAGAGUUGAACUUCACUGUAAACCAAUUUCUUGAAUUUAAGCACAAUGUGGCCAAAGAAUCAUCACAGGCUCAUCUAGGGCCGGAGUCCUUGCUGAUUUAUUUGGAAAUGGACGGUCCAGGGAAGGGUUAUAGGUGGAGGCGAAACCACCACGACCUUCUCUCUCCAGCUACAACACGGGAAAACAACAACGAUAAUAACGACGCAUUUUUAGACUUUCCUACCGAGUGGAUUACCGAAGUGUUCACAAUGGCACAAGUCAAGGAGUUUACUUUGGACUAUUUUGCACCAACUUCGCGAAUACCCAACUUGAAAAAAUUGCUUCUGCUGAUGCCUAAACUCUCUCACUUGAGCUUGAGCUUUGGAGUUUUGGAUUUUGUGAAUAUCCCAAGACUAGUAACACCAAAGUCUUUUGAUCUUCAUAUACAAGUGAGGAUUAGCAAGCUGUACUUUGAAACCAUUCAGUAUAGCCGGAAAAGACAAUUUGAAGAAGACACCUCGCAAUUUAGCUUUGAUCCAAGUUCCUCGUCACCAACCCCAUCUUCCUCAUGCACGUCCUCAUCAACUCCAAAUCCACUAAAUUCAUCUCCACUAAAAUAUAACACCCACGAGCACUUGGGUGUCCAAUACUCCAUCGCACAGUCUUCACCAGUUGCUAAAAGAGUGCAAUUGAGAAAGAUACAUUCUGAAGUACACCAAAAGACGAUACGAAUGAUGAUGGAUGCACAGUUGCAUCUACAGCGACAACAACAGCAGCAAGAAAAUACUAGUACAAAGAGCGAUAUGUUGAUGGAUGAAACCGAUCAUGAGACUGAUAAACUUGAAGAAAACAAAUGCACAUAUUUCCAACAACCUUAUUGGUGA